AUGACUCUGGCACAUACCAAUACGAUUAGGUCACAUGUUAACAAAUUUUUACAACAAGAACCUGAUCAUGAAUGGUUGAUGGUACCACUCAAUGGUAAAUGCGGUAAAGACGAAUUCAAAAAUACGGUUGUCUAUUCAACUUUUCCUUCCAAUUUGACUCGGAAUGAUUUCGCCUAUUAUAUUGAUACAACAUUCUCGGAUUUAGAAGAAGAUAUGAGAAAAAAAAUGAAAGGAUUAUAUGUUACGAAUCGUCAUUCAUUUCAGGAAGAAACCAUUGAAUUUGAUUAUAGUGUUAAAAAUGGUAAAAUAUCAGCAUCAUUACUUCAAGUCAUCGCCGAAAAGAAUAGUGCUAAUGAGUUAGAUGUCAUCGUUGGUGUUAUUUCUCUAGUUCGAACACCGGAAAUUGGUUGGUAUUUCAAUAACGAUUAUUGGCAAAGUGACAAAGAUCGAGUAAAACGAGGUUUACAAUAUAUUUUUGGAAAUGAAGCUCAAAAACAGUUAUCCUAG